AUGCAUGCUUCAUUUUUAUACCACCCACCUAAGGUUUUGCUUUGCUUUUAAGUUUUAUAGCUGAGAAACCAAUAUGAAUAUGAGUAACUUUUCACAAGCCAUUGGCUGUGUCUUGUUCUUAGCCAUAGUCCAUCUCUCCUGUGCCCAAAACUCACCUGCAGACUACGUGAAUGCUCACAACGCAGCCCGUGCGCAAGUGGGUGUUGGACCUAUAAAAUGGGACGCAAACUUAGCGACUUUUGCACAGAACUAUGCUAAUCAACAUAAGGGUGAUUGCAGACUUGUGCACUCGGGUGGUCCUUAUGGUGAAAACCUUGCAGGUAGCACCGGUGACCUCACUGGUACCGCUGCAGUGAACCUUUGGGUAGCAGAAAAGCCCCAGUAUAACCACAAUUCUAACUCUUGUGUUGGUGGGGUAUGUGGCCACUACACUCAGGUGGUUUGGCGCAACUCAGUUCGUCUAGGUUGCGCCAAAGUGCGAUGCAACAAUGGAGGCACAUUCAUCGGUUGCAACUAUGAUCCCCGUGGCAACAUUAUCGGGCAGCGGCCUUACUAGGAGCUUUUUCAUCAACUUAUGUGCUCUAAACAUCUGUGUUUAGAGAGUUACUAUUAAAUAAGUCAUGUAUAUUGGCACUUGAGAAUAACAAUGGUGAAAUAUUGAUCAAACAAUAAUUUUCUGCUUCA